AUGUCCAAACUUCUCACCAUCUUCGGAGCCACUGGCAACCAGGGCGGCUCCGUCGUGAGGGCAGCCCUCGCCGAUGCCGUUCUGUCAAAGGAGUACAAGAUUCGCGGCAUCACUCGCGACGUCUCCAAGCCCGCAGCGCAAACUUUAGCCAGCAAAGGCGUCGAAGUCGUUUCUGCCGACAUGAACUCAAAGACUUCUCUCGCAGAAGCAAUCAAGGGCUCCCACACCGUCUUCUUCGUCACCACGCCCAACUUCACGGGCGGCGCCAGCGAAGAGCAGACCCACGGCAAGAACGUGGCCGACGUCGCGGCCGAGACCGGCGUCAAGCACCUCAUCUACUCGUCCCUGCUGCACGUCACGGAGACCACAAACGGCCGCCUCAAGCACGUCGUCCACUUUGACGACAAGGCCGAGGUCGAGCGCUACAUCCGCGCCAAGGGCAUCCCCAGCUCCUUUGUCCUGCCAGGGUACUUUAUGAACAACUUUUCUGUUCUGCAGAUGAUUCGCAAGGGCGAGGACGGGGUCUACAAUCUCGCGUACCCCGUCAGCGACAAGGCCAAGUUCCCUCUCAUCGACACCGAGUCCGAUAUUGGCAAGUACGUCGUCGCGGCAAUUCGCAAUGAGAGCACCGUCCUCGGGAAGCAGAUCCUGGCAGCCGAGGACUACUACACGCCCACGCGGAUCAUUGCCGAGUUUGAGCAAGUCACUGGCAAGGCGGCCCGUUUCGUGCCCGUCGACGCUGCGACGUACAAGAGUUUCUUUGCUGGCCCGAUGGCUGCCAUGGCUGACGAGAUGCUCGAGAACCAUCUCUUCAUUGAUGAGCCGGGUUACUAUGCUGGUAAGGACUUGAAGGAGAGUCGGGAGCUUUUGGCUGGCGUUGGGCUGAAGGCGACUACUUGGAAGGAGUUUUUGGAGGCGAACAAGGCUGCUUUCCCGUGA